CUCGCUUCCUCUUUUCACACUCGGCCGUUGGGCGUUGGCAGGGUCUAGGACCACGGCAGGGGGUGCCGCUGGGUCCUUGUCGCUAAAACAGAGAAGCCACUUCUGCUGGGCCCACAAGGCAACUGUCCCAUGCUCUACUGAGCACGGCCUGGAGAGAGGCCCCCAAACAAAAUACCCCUGCUGGAUGCCAGCCCUGGGGACCUGCCCUGCGGCACCCCAUCGCAUUCUUGCGACCAUUGUUUGAACCAAUUGUACCCAUUCUACAGGUGCCAUGCCUCUGCCACUCCUCCUAUUGCUGACCCUGUUGGGCCCUGGCAGCAGCCUCCAGCCGUGGGACGUCUGGGAGAAUGAGGCCAAAGAGGCUCCAGGCCACCUGCUCGACCGGGGCCGGAGGCAGGUGGACCUCGGGGACGAGGACGUCGACGUGUACGAUGUGUCUUAUAACACAGACCCUCCAGAAAUGCUGGAAAGUGAUGGCACAGAGGCUGUGACCCGGAGCCCCCACCUCCAGGCUGCGACGGGACUGCCAGGGCAGAGGGACUCUACAGGACCUGGUACUCCUGAGCCAGCCACUCCGGGGGUGGCCGGAGGCGUCUCUGCCGGCCUGGAUGCAGGAGGGGCAGCCACUGGGGACCUCAGCACGGAAUUUGUGACAGCGGGGAUUCCCAUCACACCGGUCUCUCUGCCCCAAGAGCUGGUCACGUCAAUCCCUCCCAUCGUGGAGGCUCCAUCCACACAGGGGGCUCCAUCCACAGAGCUGGCCUCCGUGAAUGCCCUGUUCCUGGGGCCAGCUGCCACGGAGACCCUGACCACGCAACCUGUGGCCACAGAGGCCCUGACCACACAACCUGAGGCCACGGAGGCCCUGACCACACAACCCGAGGCCACGGAGGCCCUGUCCACACAGCCCGAGGCUCCGGAGGCUCUGACCACACAACCUCAGGCCACGGAGGCCCUGACCACACAGCCCGAGGCCACGGAGGCUCUGACCACACAACCUCAGGCCACGGAGGCCCUGACCACACAGCCCGAGGCCACGGAGGCCCUGACCACACAACCUCAGGCCACGGAGGCCCCAUCCACACAACCCGCUACCAUCCGGGGCCUAACCACAGCCCGUCCUGUGCCCUCUGAUCCCCCCGGGAGCACCGCCGUGGCAGUCAGCAGUUCGUCCGAUGGCUUCAUCAAACAGCAGGAAAACAGCCAGGUUCUCUCCCCCAGGAGCCCUGUGUCCUCCAGCUCCACCAGUGGCCUGGACUACAUCCCGGUGAAGCACUGCCUGCUGGCCAUCCUCGUGCUGGCCCUGGUGGCCACCACCUUCCUCGUGUGCACCGUGGUGCUGGCCGUCCGCCUUUCCCGCAAGAACCACAUGUACCCCGUGCGCAGCUACUCGCCCACCGAGAUGGUCUGCAUCUCGGCCCUGCUGCCCGAGGGGGAUGAGGGACCUGUGGUCACCGCCAAUGGCAGCCUGCCCGCCAUCAGGAAGCCAGGCCUAAAGGAAGGGUCUGGGGAGAACCGCGAAGGGGACGACCUCACCCUGCACAGCUUUCUCCCUUAGCUCCCCCUGCCCGGCCGCUGGAGCAGGACCUCCAUCUCCCACUCCGGCUGCCCUUCAGGCCACCAGCCACCGCCACGCACCAGGCUUGGGCCGUACAUCUGGGCAUCAUCGAAGUCCCCCACGGACAGGGACAUCCAGGGCCCGGCCUCUGGCCACUCCCACAGGCCCAAAGGCAGCCACGGUCUCCCCUCCUCCUGACCACUGGAGCCUCUCUCUCCUGAGCCCAGGGAAGACUCCGGCCCCUGCCCUCGCCCCACCACUGUUGCCCCCUAGUGGCCACAUUCAUCAUGCAUUUUUGGGGACAGGUACUGAGUGGUGUUGGGUUCCCCAGGCCACUUUCUGCUGCUGCCCCACUGGAGGGCAGCUUGAAUUUUCCCAGAUACCCCUCCACAGAGCCCAGGGUGAGGCCUUGCCCUGGAAGGCUGCGGCAGGCUUGGUGAGCCGAAGGCUACACACUUUUCUGAUGCCGUGGGGACCAGCAAACAUCCUUCCGGUGACAGAGUAACCCCCCUUCUGCCCUCUCUUGCCUGCCCCUGUGUCCAAGCUGCAGGGCUGGGGCUCUGUCAUUUAAAGUGUGGGGCCAGCAGACUUUUCUUUAAAGGGCCAGGCAGUAAAUAUUUUAGGCUUUGCAGGCCACACGGUCUCUGUUGCAACUUCUCCACUCUGUUUGCAGCACGUGAAUGCAGUGAUGGUAAUAUGUCAUGAAUAAAUAUGUUUGGCUGAGUUCUAAUAAAACUUUAUUUAUAAACAGG